AUGGCAGCGGUGGGAGUGAACCAUCCCGCGCCCAUCACUUUGGACCUGCAGAACCCGCCGGUGGAUCUGAGCUCGCCGAUCACUGGGCGGGACGUGGACCUGGUUCAGCAGACCUUCGCCCGCGUGGCGAUGCUGGGGUCCAACACCAUCGGCAGGCUACUCUUUAUGAACAUCUUCAAGAUCGCGCCGGGGGCGGUGGACUUGUUCCCCUUCGCCAAAGGCGACGCGAACAUGUGGCGCCCGGGGAGCGCCCUGGAGUGUCACGCGCUGAAGGUGGUCGAGACCGUAGCCACCGCGGUGUCGCUGUUGAAGGACUUGGACACUUUGGUGCCCGUUCUGCAGAGCUUGGGACUGAAGCACGUGGGCUACGGCGUCAUCCCGGCCCACUACGACGUAGUCGGCCAGGCCUUCAUUGCCACCUUGGAGGCGACCCUGGGCCGGCACUUCACGGAGUCGGUGAAAAAUGCUUACCUCAAGGUGUGGAAGAUCGUGAAGGACACAAUGGUGAGUGACAGCUACGCCUGA